AUGACAGACAGAUACUCGUUUUCGCUGACGACGUUUUCACCAAGCGGUAAACUGGGCCAAAUAGACUACGCUUUAGCGGCUGUCAAACAAGGUGUUACUUCUCUGGGGAUUAGAGCCACUAAUGGUGUGAUUAUCGCGACCGAGAAGAAGGCUACCUCCUCUCUGGCAUUGUCGGAUAGUCUCUCGAAAAUAGCACACAUCACCCCGGACAUCGGAGCAGCGUACUCGGGUAUGGGCCCUGAUUUCAGAGUGCUGAUUGACAAGUCCCGUAAAGUGGCGCAUACACAUUACCAUCGUAUUUAUAACGAGUACCCUCCCACUAAAAUUUUGGUGUCAGAAGUGGCCAAGAUUAUGCAAGAGGCAACACAGUCAGGCGGGGUCAGACCGUUCGGCGUUUCACUUCUAGUAGCAGGUCAUGACGAACAUAAUGGUUUUGCUUUGUACCAGGUGGAUCCUUCCGGCUCCUACUUCCCCUGGAAAGCCACCGCAAUUGGGAAAGGUUCAACAGCUGCCAAGACCUUUUUGGAGAAAAGGUGGAACGAUGAGCUGGAACUAGAAGAUGCCAUUCACAUUGCCCUCCUGACUUUAAAAGAGUCGGUAGAAGGUGAGUUCAAUGGGGACACUAUAGAGAUUGCCGUUAUCGGCGAAGAAAAUCAGCAGCUACUAGGUUUCACAGGGGAUUCUUCUGUAAAGGGACCAAGAUUCCGCAAACUGUCAGCACAAGAAAUCAAUGAUAGGCUAGAGGCUCUAUAA